AUGCCAAAUGAACGACGUCAAACUAAUUUAUUACGAAUGGAUAUUGACAGUGUGUUAAAACCAUUUGAUGAUGAACGAAAGUAUUUAGAAAAGCUCCGUCAAUCAACAACAGUCGAAUCAAUUCUUCUUCAUUUAUUUGAUUUAUUACAAAUUGAAGAUUAUCAUUUAUUAUUUUCAACAAUAAAUUUUCAAACAAUCGAUAUAAAAUGGUUAGAAACUUUUAGUCGUAUAUGUAUGCAACGUUAUUUAGAAUUUGAUGAUAUAUGUUUUUCUUCUAAAACAUUACAAAUAAAUCUUGAAAAUAAAAAUGAUACAAAAUCUAUCAUAGAAAAUUAUACAAAUUUUUUAAUUGAAAAUUUAAAAAGACGUUUUACAUUAAAAUAUUUUUGUGCGAUUAUAAUUGAAUUAGAACAAUUAAGUUAUUUUAAAUUUGAACAAAUAUCAAAACAAUUAAAUGAAAAUAAUCAUAUUAUACAUGAUAUUUUCUUAUUAUUUAAUACAGAUAAUGAUGAUAAAGAUGAUAGUAUUAUACAUAUAAGUUCAACACCAGCACAAACAAUAAAUCGUCCAAAAUAUAUUAAUUAUAAACCUUUACAUAUGGUUUAUUUACAUGAAAAUCUUCUUAUUAAAAAUGAUCUUGAUUUACGUUUACCAUUAAAAGGUAUAACAAAUACAUUUAUAGCUGAUUUAAUACAUACAAAAACAAUAAAUAUACUUGAUGAAAUAACGGGUAAAACAUAUGAUAUACCAACAAAAUGGCUUUAUUUUGCUAAACCAUGUGAAUCAAAUGUUAUAUUACCAUUAAAAUUACGUGUACUUAUAUUUGAUUCACAAACAGGUUGCCGUCGUUAUGGUUUAAUUGGUGAAGAACCAGGAAAAAAUAAUGAUUAUCGUUGUUUAAUUUUUUUUACUGAUGAUAAAACAAAUAUGUCAGCUAAUUAUCAUCCAUCAUCACAUAUACAUAUAUGUCUUGAUCAAACAUUUUUAACACAUACACAUGAAUGUCAAAAUGAUUUUCUUGAAAGAUAUUUUGCAUCAUAUCCUGAACGUAUGAUGUUAAGAGCUAAAGAAGGUUCACUUGUUAAAGUACGAAAUAUAUUUACAAAUUUUAAUCAUAAUUUAUUUAUACAUGCACUUGUUAUACAAAUUGAUGGUUCAAUGAUGCAAAUUGAAUUAAGUCAUAGUAAACAACGUAUAUGGCUUUAUCGUGGUUCACCAUUACUUGAUCAAAUGCAUAAUUAUUAUUCAACACAAAAUAAAGCAACUAGUAAUGGUUUUGCUCGUCGUACAGCUAGACAACAUUUAUCAGCUAGACGAACAAAUGCACCGGAAAUUAUUUGUCUUAAUGAUCAAACAACAAUGCAAUCAGCACCAACAACAAUAUCGACAACAACAACAGCAAUAAAUAAAGGAAAAUUUAUUCGAACAGCUGAACAAGCUAUUGAUGAUAUAGAUGAAACGAGAUCUAUAAAACGACCGCGAAUAUCUAGUGAACAAGAUCUUCGAAAACCUUCCUCAUUUCAAUCAACCGCAUCGAUUCCAACUGGUUUACGAACACUACGACCACGUCAAUCAAAUAAUUCAACAUCUAAUACAUUACUAUCAUCAUCGUCAUCAUCAUCUUUACCUAAUGAUCAUUCCUCUUCCAUAAAUCUUCAUCGUCAAUCAUCUUCAUCAUCAAUUUCAUCAAAUCAUGGUACUACAACAACAAUGCAAUUACGUUCAAGUCACACAAAUAUAAAUGCAAAAGUAGUAAUUAAUCCAUUAUUUCUUGAAUUAGCUGAAAAAUUUCUUCUUCAUUAUUCAUAUGAAUUUCAUCCACAUAAUUGUUCACAUAAAUGUGUUGUUUAUGCUGAAAAACAUUUUCAUCAAUUACCACGAACAAUGAAUCCAUUUUUAAAACCAUUUGCAUGUCAUUGGACAAUGCUUGAUAAUUUACGAGUUCGAAAAGUUGGUGAUGUUCGUCUUAAAGUAACACGUUCAGCAUUUAUCUAUUGUGCACCAUGUGGUAGAAAACUUUCAAGUCAAACUCAAGUUGAUAAUUAUCUUCAUGAAACAAAAUCAAAAUUAACAAUUGAAUUAUUUGUAUAUGAUAGUAAAGUUAAUGUUAAACAACAUUAUUGUCCAGAUGGUAAAAUAAUUAAUUCAGAUAUAUCAAGUGGACAAGAAAAUGUUCCAAUAUCAGUUGUAAAUGAAGUUGAUAAAGAACCAGGAAAAAUUGAAGAACCAAGUGCAUUUACAUAUCGUGUUGAACGAACACCUGUUGCAGGUGUUAAUAUGGUGACAAAUGAACCAACAAUGACAUGUUGUACUUGUACAGAUGGAUGUAGAAAUAGAGUGCAAUGUGCUUGUUGGUUGCGUACGUUGAAAUAUGCUGAAUUAAUUGGUGAUGAACGUGUUAAAGCAAUGAAAGCUAAACAUAAGAGUCAAUCAGAAAUUCUACAUCAACUUGGUUAUCGUUUUCGACGUUUACAUAAAAAUGUUCCUGGAGGUAUUUAUGAAUGUAAUAGUAGAUGUGCAUGUAAUAAACAAACAUGUUCAAAUCGUAUUGUACAAAAUGGUAUUAUUGCACAACUUCAAUUAUUUAAAACUGUUGGACGUGGUUGGGGUGUACGAACAUUACAUGAUCUUCCAAUAGGUACAUUUAUUAGUGUUUAUUCAGGUGAAAUUUUUACUAGUGAACAAGCUGAUGAACGAGGAAAAUUACUUGGUGAUGAAUAUCAAGCAGAUUUAGAUUUUUUUGAAAAUAUUAAUAAUGAUUCCGAAGAAGAACAGAAUGGUGGCAAUUUAGAACAGGAUGAUGAAGAAGAAGACAGAAGUGAUACAUCUCCGUCUAGUACUGAAUCAGCUAGUACACGUCUUCGAAAUGCUAGUCUUCAAUCACGUGCACGUGAAUUAUUAAAAAAAGAUGGAAAAAAAUCAUCGAAAACAAUAUGUGAAGAUAAUGAUAAUAAUUCAACAUUAAAUCGUACAUUAUUACCUGAUUAUGAUGGUGUUGUAUAUACACUUGAUGCUAAAUUAGUUGGUAAUAUAGGACGAUAUUUUAAUCAUUCAUGUUCACCAAAUAUAGCUGUACAAAAUGUUUUUGUUGAUACACAUGAUAUACAUUUUCCAUGGAUAGGAUUUUUUGCUACAAAAACAAUUCGAUCAGGCACAGAAUUAUGUUGGGAUUAUAAUUAUACAGUCGGUGAAAUAGCUGGUCGUCGAAUGGAUUGUCAUUGUGGUUCAGCUGAAUGUCGUCGUCGAGUUCUCUAG